UUCUCCAUCGUCCUGCUAGCAGUUGUUGACUAUGACUACCGGUUUACGUAUAUGGACGUGGGCGCCGUGGGCUCCGAGUCUGACGCAGGUGUCUUUGCCCAAUCACGCCUGUCAGCACUGCUAGACACUGCAGAAGCAAACCUCCCCCCUUCAGAGCCCUUUCUAGAGGAUCCCAGCGGACCCCCCAUGCCGUACUUUCUAGUUGGGGACGACGCCUUUGCCCUCCGACCCUGGCUACUGAAGCCGUACCCCUGCCGUGGCCUAACCCAUGAUGAACGGAUAUACAACUACAGACUCAGCCGGGCACGUCGCGUGGUGGAAAACGCUUUCGGGAUACUAGCGAAUAGGUUCAGAGUAAUGCAUUCACCCAUUAUGCUGAAGCACGACCGUGUCGAGGCCGUGGUGAUGGCUGCCUGUGUGCUCCACAACAUGCUGCGGUCUGGCUAUACAUCGAGCGGUGAGUUCGACACCGAGGACCCACAGUCCCAUGACGUGAUCCCUGGCGCCUGGAGGAAUGACCGCCCCCUCGAUGACAUCCCCAACCUACCAGGUGGCAACUGGUCGUCACAUAGUGGCAAGGAUGUGCGGAACUACAUGCGGGAUUACUGCACCUCACCCACAGGCAGUGUUGCCUGGCAGGAGGCCAAGAUCUAAGACACGAACAGCCUCCGGUCUGUGCCUUUCGCAGGACCUGUCCGGGAACGCCAAGGUGACAGCAACUUCUGAUCGUCUGUGCUGGGCGAUGGAGUGGCGCGCCGCUUCUUGCCACGCCUAGCCUGGGCCUCCUCCAGGGCCGACCGUGGGCGGGUGGGUGGCGGCUCUUGGCGCAGGGGACCCUGGGCGUCAUCAUCCUCAUCACUCUCGCUGCUGACCGUCACCUCCUGGCCGCCCACGUGACCGUCACCUCCUGCCCGCCCACGUGACUGCAACCCCGAAGGCCCUGCGACGGCUGUGGGAGGUGGUGGCUGGGAGGCGUCCGCAGCGGCCUGCGUAGGGGAGAGAUGAAUUUAUUAUGUCUGUAUUACGUAUUGGUAUUAACAUACAGUCCCGUAGGCGGGCCGGAGUAGUCUCGUAUUUGUCGCUGAUGGCACUGGCUGGGGUCGGGCUUAUUGUAUGUGCCUCAGUCAGAGCCGCCAACGGCAGAUACCAGACCUACGGUGGCCCUGGAUACAUUAUCCCAUACCCAUGUUUUUUUAACUACACAGUGCUCGUCAUAAACAUAUACUGCCUGUCCGAUCAGGUAUCAACAAUGCAUAGCAGCAGUAUAUCCCAGAGUUCUCCUUCCCCGGGCAACCGUUUUCUUUCGUUUCUUGGGACUUUAAACGUGACCGUUAGGGCAUGCAGCAGUGUGUGCGAGCCUGUCCUGUCGCUCCUCUCCUCCGCAGCCUUGUGCUCCGUGCAUUUGUUUCUUGUUGACAGGCAAUGGGCAACGGGCGUGUGUGCCCGAUCAUUUAAAAACUGGCAACAGCGCUUGUGUGCGGGCGGCGCGGUGAAGCACCCUGUGCAUGCACAAGACACCUCGGGAGGUGUCCAUUGCCUGUCAACAAGAAACAAAUGCACGGAGCACAAGGCCGCGGAGGAGAGGAGCGGCAGGACAGGCUCGCACACAAAUGCCACUCCGAGAGCAAGGAUUGCACUAAUUACCAACUUUACACACUGCUGCAUGCCCUCACGGUCACGUUGAAAGUCCAGAGAAACGGAAGAACACGGUUGCCCGGGAAACGAGAAAUCUGAGAUAUACUGCUGUUAUGCAGUGUUGAUACCUGAUCGGACAGGCAGCAUAUGCUUAUGACGAGCACUGCAUGAUACAAGACAUGUACUACUGUA